GAAGAGUUUGAUCAAAUCUAGAAUCUAGAAAUCCAAAGCCAUAGCAGGUUGACAUCUCAUUGAUUUUCAGCGGUCCUGCGUGCCCCGACCCACGGCCAAGUCAUAGUCAGGGAGGUUUCGUCGCUGAAGCAUCAGCAAUGAAAGUGGAGGCUCCUGGCCCUAGGAUAUGCUUACCAUUGCACCUCAUGCACCACAGGUUGCAAGACACAAAGCAGAAGGUAUUCACAUAUUAUUUGCAAUUCUCUGCUUUCAAAACACGGCACCUGGCCAGCAGCCGUUUGAACGUGGCACUCGUAGCCGUUUACAGCUCAGUCAGCGAAGAAGCGCGACGGAUCUGGAGAUCUCAGUGAUUGGAUCCCGCACAAUGUCAGCCAAGGUGCAGAUGUACCGCCAGCCUACGCCAUCCAUGAUAAAGAUGCCUGCGCCGCUUGCUGCGUCUCAAAUGCCAAGUUUUCCAAUGGGCACGAUUGGCGCCCGGCCCCAGAACUAUCCCACGGGGCCACUGCUGUCGGCAAGACCCACCUAUCUUCCUGGCGGGAGCACUCCGAUGACAAAGCCCAUGGGUUCCAGCGCCAUGAUCCAGAUGCCUCGAUCUGUCAUGGGCAGCUAUGUGGCGAACCCACAACCCUACCGUGUCGGAGGUUCUUCUAUCAGUUUGGACGUCAGCAUGCGCUACCAGCCACAGAUUUCCAAAUCCUAUGCGGUACAGCCUCUUCCUGACUCCCGAGUACAGCGACCGUCCGUGGUGCAGCCCUCCUCUGUGGCGAUCAAGCCACAACCGUUGGCAUCCGUGGUGAAGCGAGCGGAGGUGGCCGAGGCUGCCAAAGUGUUGAGCACGAAGCUCAGCACGCAGAUGUUGGAGAAGCCAGAGGUGCCUGCAGCCAAGGAGGCGGAGCCUGCCAAGGAGGUGCUCGACGAGGCGGAGCCGGCGCCGGAGCCGGGGCGGCAGGCCACCGAGAUGGCCGCCAACAUGCCAUCCAACAAGGAAGAGCUCGAGAACGUCGUGGACAAUUUCAAAGUUGAGGAACAGGCCAAGCCGCUGAUUGACCCUGCCGUGUCCGACUCCAGGAUCAAAAGCCUUGCAAAGAGGUUCUCCAAGGUGCUGACAGGAUGCCUCUUCUGCAAGUGAGGCCAACAGGAGUCUUCCACAUGGUGAAGAUAUAGGAGCUUCAUGUGUUGCAUUUUCACAAAUCGGACUUGCCCUUCUACCAGAAUUGGAUAGGAAGAUCCUAGACUUAGCGGCCAAGAGGGCACAGUGGGCAAGUCCAAGUGCCGUUUCGAUGAUGUCUUGGGCAA